UAAAUGAAGUGUGUUUUGAUGCCUUUCGGCCUCAGUAUCUGAACCCGCUGGGAUCUGAUGCAUCGCUAGAAACCAGACCGAGUUGAACCAUGAGUAGCCGGAGGAAGCGUGCCCCUCCCGUGAGGGUGGACGAGGAAGACAAGAAAAGGUUGAACUGGAAUAUGCUGGACGACCGCAAGGGCGAGGUGAUCCAGGAAAAUGGCGAGACACCAAGCUGCUCUGCUGUUUCUGCUGAGCCGACUCCAGGCAGCUCCUUUCUCUUGACUGCAGAGGACGUCCCAGAAGCCGCCUGCAGCAGCUCCGUCCAGCACGCGGAGGAGCUCCCAGCCACGUCGUUAGACGGCACCCUCACCUCCACCUCCCUGUCUCUCGCUGUGGAGCCAGCUGUGAAGCUUGGUCACGUCUGGAAGGCACUCAUCGGGGAGUUCAGCAUCUGCCCGGCUUGGAUCCCGGCUGACUGUGAGGAGAGGGCGUUCAUCCUGCACAGGAUGGGUGACCAGCUGUGCCUGAGUUACUGCAGUGGUGAUGACAGCUCGGGACUGCAGUGGACACCUGACGAGGACACUUGCGCGGCGGAGUGCGGCCUUAAUGUGAUCCCGCUGGAGGACCUGGACUGGAUGCAGAAGAGGAGGGUGGUGCAGCUCUGUCAUCAGGAGAAGGAGGACUCUGUCAAGGUCGGGAUUUACUUACUGGAGACCGGACUCGGGAAGCCAGAGUUCCUCAGCGAGGGAAAUGCCCGGGUGAAGAAAGCAAACCAGCUUAUGCAGAAGUUAAUGGAGUAUUUCUACGACUUCAUCAUUCCUGAAGUGGUAGAGAACAACGAGGAAGAAUGUGACACCGACCUGGAGAGACAAAACGUCGAGGAGCUCUACGAUUACGUCAGGCACCUGCAUCAGCGGGAGAGCCGGGAGGUGACCUACGACGUCCAGCACGAAGCUCUCAUUCCUGUUCUCAGACGGUACCAGAGCCAGGCCGUCAACUGGAUGCUGCAGAGAGAGAAAUUCAGAAACUCUACACCUAAAGAACAAACGAUGCAUUUCCUCUGGAGGGAGUUGAUCACUCUGUGUGGAAAGAAGUUAUUCUACAACCCUUUUACUGGGGGUCUAAUCCGAGAAUUUCCCCUGGCGGGUGUGGAGUGGCCUGGUGGGAUCUUGGCUGAUGAAAUGGGGCUGGGCAAGACGGUUGAAGUUUUGGCUCUCAUCCUGUUUCACACCCGACAGGAUGUCGAGCAGGAGGCCCUCACCCUGCCUGAGGGAAAAUCUGUAAAUUAUUUCGUCCCUCCUCCACCCCUCGAAAGAAACCAAGUUAUCCGGCGCAAGUCCGACCCUCAGCCUAAAAUCAAAAUGUCCUACCCAACUGUGCGCGUGAUGCUCCUCACUGCCAUCAAGGAGAUGAGAUCCGGCAAAGGGGCCUCGGUCAACGCCAUCUUCACCUACAUCCGAGCCACUUACGGUUAUGACCUCUUGAAAAACCGCAACCACAUGAAGAAGACCCUGACCAAGCUGAUCGACGAAGGCCUGGUUGACCGGGUGAAGGGGCGAGGAUUGGCAGGGUCGUUCAAGCUGGGAAAGAACUACAAGGAAACAAAGAAGACAUUAGCAGCAAUGAAGUCUACUUCCAAAGUCAUAGAGAGCACUCCCAGGAAGAUGUUUCAGAGACGAGCAAAAGAAAAGGCAGAAGCAGCGCUGCAGAACUCUCUUACAGAGGACGAAACAGAUCUGUUCUCCCUACCACCUGACUGUCUAGAAUCAGAGGAAACAGAAACAAAGAAGGACUGCGAUGAAAGUCUGAACGAGAAAUCGGAUCAGUCCGAUGAGAUGCUGGAUACCACAGCCUCCCAGACAUCUGUGGAUGAAAGUGAGUCAGAUAAGAAGACACCCAGAGUGGGAAGUCCUCCCGCAGAAUCAAGAGAAGCUCCUCGGCUUGAGGAAACCUGUCCAACCCCGACGAGAGCGUCUGUUUUCCCGUUUAACACCCCGGACUAUCGCUUUGAGUGUAUUUGCGGGGAGCUGGGCAUCAUCGACUACAAGGCUCGCGUCCAGUGUUUGAACUGCCAGCUGUGGCAGCAUGCGGAGUGUGUCAACUACAAAGAAGAAAGCCUGGAAACUACACCUUUCUACUGCCCUCACUGCUUGGUCGCCAUGAAACCCGUCUCCACCGGUGCCACCCUCAUCAUAUCCCCCAGCUCCAUCUGCCAUCAGUGGGUGGAGGAGAUCAACCGGCACAUCAGGUCCUCCUCUCUGCGAGUACUGGUGUAUCAGGGUGUGAAGAAGCAUGGAUUCAUCCAGCCACAAAUGCUGGCUGAGCAGGAUGUUGUCAUCACCACCUACGACGUGCUGCGUUCAGAACUCAACUACGUCGACAUUCCCCACAGUAACAGCAAGGACGGACGCCGCUUCCGCAACCAGAAGCGCUACAUGGCCGUACCCAGCCCUCUGGUGGCUGUGGAGUGGUGGAGGAUCUGUCUGGAUGAGGCUCAGAUGGUGGAAUGUCCCACUGCCAAGGCUGCAGAGAUGGCUCUACGUCUUGCGUCUGUUAAUCGUUGGUGCGUCAGUGGUACUCCUGUCCAGAGAGGCUUAGAAGAUCUUUAUGGCCUUGUACUUUUCCUGGGAGUUGACCCGUACUGGGUAAAAUACUGGUGGUACCAGUUGCUUUAUCGCCCUUAUCGUCGUGGAAACACAGAGCCGCUGUACCAUGUAAUUGCUCAGUUAUUGUGGCGAUCGGCUAAAAAGGACGUGAUCGAUCAGAUCCAGAUUCCUGCUCAGACAGAGGAAGUGCACUGGCUACACUUCUCUCCCGUUGAGGGUCACUUCUACCACCGUCAGCACGAGGUCUGCUCCCAGGACGCUCUGGUCAAACUCAGGAAGAUCUCUGACUGGCGCCUGAAGCUCGGCAGCCUCGACCGCCGCACCGUCAACACCAUCCUGUACCCGCUGCUGAGGCUGCGUCAGGCCUGCUGCCAUCCCCAAGCUGUGAGGGGAGAGUUCCUGCCUCUGCAGAAAAGCACCAUGACGAUGGAGGAGCUCCUGAAGUCCCUGCAGAAGAAAUGUCGAGUGGAGUGUGAAGAAGCUCACAGACAAUUGGUGUGUGCACUCAAUGGCCUGGCUGGAAUCCACAUCAUCAGAGAUGAGUUUGUAGAGGCAACAGAGAUGUACAGAGAAGUGCUUCGUUCAUCAGAGGAGCACAAAGGCAGACUGAAAACAGAUUCUUUACAGAGGCUUCAUGCUACCCACAAUUUGAUGGAACUUCUGAGCGCAAAGCACCCUGGGAUACCUCCAACACUCAGAGACGACCGACUCGGUGAGGAGGCGGAGCAGCUGCGACAGCACUACAUGACCAAAUAUGACUCAGAGGUAGCAGACGCCCUCCAGGCGCUCCAACCGGUGCUGCAGAACAUUAAAGAGCUGAAACGCAAAGUCAAGCUGGGCUCCCCCUGGUGGUUGGAUGUCAUUCAGAAGGUGAUCCGAAGCGCCAGUGAUGACGAUCUGGUGUCCCGCGUCAAGAAUGAGCUGACGUCGAGCUACAAGCAACAAGCCCACAAACUCUCCAUGGCAGACAAGUUCCGUGACGGCUGUGGUCUGCAGUUCCUGCUCACAUCACAAAUGCAAGACCUGAUGAAGUCCCAGAAGACCGUGCAGGAUGCUGUGAAGAGUCUGGAAGGCCCGGCUUCACAGAAAGUGAUCGACGAGGCCACCAUCUGUCACCUCAGGCCGAUGAGAUUCCCGCUCAAUAAUUGUGUUUUUUGCAAGGCUGAUGAACUUUUCACUGAUUAUGAGUCCAAGCUGUUUUCUCACACGGUUAAGGGUCAGACGGCCAUCUUUGAGGAAAUGAUCGAAGAUGAGGAGGGGCUGGUUGACGACCGUCUCCCCACCACCAGCCGAGGUCUGUGGGCAGCCAGCGAGACCGAGCGCACUCUCAAAGCCAUCUUGUCCUUCGCCAAAUUAAAACGCAUGGACCCGGAGCUGGUGGAGGAGGGCAACACUUUCAUGGAGCUGUUUGAGAACUGGAAGAAGGAAUACAAGGUGCUGCAUGAGUACUGGAUGGUGCUGAGGAACCAUGUGUCGGCCAUCGAUGAGCUCGGCAUGGCCACAGAGAGACUACGAGUGCGACUGCCAGACGAGCCGAAGCCCAAACUGCUGCACAUCAUCGAGCCACAUGAGGUGGAGCAGAACAGAGUGAAGCUCCUGAACGACCAUGCGGUGGCCAAGUCUCAACUCCAAAAGAAGCUGGGCCAGUAUCUGUACCUCACAAAUCUGGAGAAGUCUCAGGACAAAUCCACUGGAGGUCUGAACCCAGAACCAUGUCCCAUCUGUGCCCGGCCACUUGGACAGGAGUGGGCAGUGUUGACCUGCGGCCACUGCUUCUGUAACGAGUGCAUCGCUAUCAUUGUGGAGCAGUACAGUGUCGGGUCGAGACGGCGGGCCAUCAAGUGUGCCAUCUGUAGGCAGACCACCUCACAUGCAGAGAUCUCUUACGUGUUCACCACACAGUCGUCCAGUCAGGACCAGGAAAUACCGGUCAAGGGAAGUCAUUCUACCAAAGUGGAAGCAGUGGUGAGAACUCUGAAGAAGAUUCAAGUGACUGACCCCGGGGCAAAGUGUCUUGUCUUCUCCACGUGGCUGAGUGUCCUCGACAUCAUCGCUAAGGCUUUGUUCGACAACAACAUGGAGUUCUCUCAAAUCAACGGGAUUCACAAAUUCCAGGAGAAUCUGAGCUCCUUUAAAUACGAAGAGAAGAUCAACAUCCUCCUCCUCCCCCUCCACACCGGCUCCAACGGUCUGAACAUCAUCGAAGCCACUCACGUGCUGUUAGUCGAGCCGAUCCUCAACCCUGCUCACGAGCUCCAGGCCAUAGGCAGAGUGCACCGGAUCGGCCAAACGAAGCCAACAUUUGUCCACAGAUUCCUCAUUAAAUCCACAAUUGAAGAGAGAAUGCAGGCAAUGUUAAAGACAGCAGAGAAAAGUCACACCAGCACAGCCAUGAAGCACUCUGAGGCCGCCGUGCUGACGGUAGCCGACCUGGCUGAUCUGUUUACUGAGGACACAGAACAUCUGGAGUGAAUCUGAACACCUGGAUACACAUCUGGAUUCCUGCUGCAGAUACACAGGCGGAGACAGCUCACUCUCACUCUCUGAUUUUGCACUUUGAACUUUUUAUAAACAUUCUGAAAGUAAUCUUUCCAAAAAGACAUUUUAGCAGUUUGACGGACUACAUCAUGUAUUUUAAUUGUAAUUAAUUUUAAAUGCUUGAUCUCUUUGAUGUUUUCGUGUAUUUACCUCACUUGUAAUAAUUGUAGCUGAUUCGAUAACUACUCCUGCUCUUCACAUACACCUUUUGAUCAAAUUUGACAACUGUCAUUAUUGUUACCUGUCUUAAUACAAUAAUAUGUGUAUUCAUUACUCUACAACUUCAAUGUAAGUCAAUGUGGAUGAAUAUGGAGGAAAUACAGACGCUGACAUUACAUCAGUAGUCGAGGUGCUCUCACAAUUUUCAGGAAAUAAAAGUCUGCCAAUUGCAGGGCGUCGAA